UACAAAAACAGUCCACUUUUGGGAUUUGCGGAUUGCAAUGGAGAAAGAAGGAGGUACAGCAAAUGAAAACACCUCUCUGUUCCCUUUGUUUGCCGCCUCAACUGGCCCUCAGCAAAUUACUUCCACCGGCGCCACUAACCCUACCACCACUUCUCCCCCCCAGUGGCUUUGCAACACCAGCUUCACCACCAACCUCUCCGUCAUUAACGAUGCGGUUUCCUCUCGCCAGAAGGACCAUGACCGAACAGAAUCGGACCAAGAAGAAGACGAUUCCAGUCCACAAAGGCCCCAACUAAAGCCACCAUCAUCGUCCGCUUCUUAUGAGUUACUUGAAGUAGAAGAGGAAUAUUCUCAUUCCGAUUCUGAUGUUGAUAGUGGUAGUGAGAGAAAGACGAACAAGAGAAAGGAAAAACCCUACAAGAAAAAGAAAAAGAGGAGGAAUAGAUGCAGAGAUGAGGAUGCUGAUGUUCAUGUCCGUAGCAGAAAGUCGAAUGUCAGGGCUUGGGCCGAUUCCCAUACUAAACCUCCUAAAGAUUAUUACUUUGAUUCACAUGGAGAUGCUGAUAAUUUGGUCUACGGCUCUCUUUAUAGAAUGGAUGUUCCCCGCUAUAAACCUUAUAGUCACACGAAGCUAUCUGCUAUGGAUUUUCAUGGUCUGUACCGUUUCAAUAGGAGUUCUAUAUUCGAUAGCGAUGAUGAUAUUGAUGCAUUGGGCGUUAAACUAAAAUCAGGCGGUCGUUAUUGGUCUGCAAAGUAUGUAGCUCUGGAAUGCCAAAAGAGCUUAAAGCGCCUUCGGCUUCUUGCACCUAAGCAGCCUAUGCUUGUUGGUUCGGAUGAUUACAUUCCAUUUUCGGACGCCCAUUUAUCCCAGGAAGGUGUUGAUCAUGGUUCAACCUCAAAAGCUUCACUUGUUGAAGAAUCUUGGGAAGAUGAAGUGCUACGGAAGACCCGGGAGUUUAACCAAUUAACUAGGGAGCACCCUCAUGAUGAAAAAGUGUGGUUGGAUUUUGCAGAGUUUCAAGACAGAGUGGCAAAAUUGCAACCCCAGAAAGGUGCUCGCUUGCAGAUGCUUGAGAAGAAGAUUAGCAUAUUGGAAAAGGCUGUUGAGCUUAAUCCUGAUAAUGAGGAAUUGUUGCUUUACCUCCUGAAGGUUUACCAGAGCAGGGACAGCUCUGAUAUGCUAAUUGGCAGAUGGGAAAAGGUACUUAUGGGUCAUUCAGGGAGUUCCAAGUUGUGGAAGGAGUAUUUGCAUGUUGUUCAAGGGGAGUUCUCCAGAUUUAAGGUUUCAGAUGUGAGAAAAAUUUUUGCGCAUGCAAUCCAAGCUCUAUCAACUGCAUGCAGCAAGCAGUUUAGGCAGGUUGAUCAAAAUGAAAAGCCUUCUCCGGAUCCUGCUAUUGUUCAGCUAGAACUUGGUCUAGUUGAUGUAUUUCUUAGUCUUUGUAGGUUUGAGCGGCAGGCUGGAUACCAGGAGUUGGCCACUGCCUUAUUUCAGGCUGAAAUUGAAUUUAGUUUGUUUUGUCCUUCAUUGCUACUAAGUGAACACAGUAAACUAAGAUUGUUUGAGCACUUUUGGAAUGGCAAUGGUCCAAGGGUCGGAGAAGAAGGUGCCCUUGGUUGGUCCUCUUGGUUGGAGAAAGAGGAAGAAACUAGGCAAAGGGUUGUGAAAGAGGAGACUUCUCAUGAUGAUGAGAGAGGUGGUUGGACUGGCUGGUCAGAACCACUGGCCAAAUUAACAGAAACUGAUAAAAACUCAGCAAAUGCAAGUAAUGAUACUGAGGAAUUGCAAGGUGAAAUUGAGGAUGAAGAAAUAAAGGAGGAAGAUGACACUGAGGCAUUGCUAAAACAAUUAGGCAUUGAUGUGGACACUGAGCCUAGCAGUGAUAUUAAAGACACUUCAACCUGGAUUAGAUGGUCUGAAGAAGAGUACUUGCGAGAUUGUAAACAAUGGAUGCCUGUUCAUGGAAAAUCUGAUGGUAUAUCUCAGAGUAUUGGGACACCAGAUAGAGAAGAUUGUGAACAAUUAUCGGGAGUCAUAUUGUUUGAAGAUGUCGGUGAAUACCUGUUUUCAUUAAGAUCAGAAGAGGCCCGCAUAUCUCUAUUAUCCCAGUUUAUUGAAUUCUUUGGUGGGGACAUGUCCAAGAGGAUUUGCACAAACAGUUCAAGUUGGAAUGAAAAAAUCCUUAGCUUGGAAGUGUUGCCAAAUUCAAUAGUGCAAAAUCUGGGUUUAAUCAGUAAUGAUUUGUUCUUACUUUUGGGCAAUACUGGUGACCAUUCUCGGCAGGCUGAUGUAAUGAAGUUUCUUCGCAAUGCUAUCUUACUUUGUUUAAUUGCUUUUCCACGGAACCACAUAUUGGAAGAAGCUGCUCUUAUUGCUGAAGAAUUAUCCACUACGAGAAUGGAUUCUUCCACUCCAUGUCGAGCUCUGGCUAAGUCCCUCUUAAAAAGUGAUAGACAGGAUUUGUUGCUAUGUGGAGUUUAUGCACAACGAGAAGCUGCCUCUGGUAAUAUUGACCAUGCAAGAAGAGUUUUUGAUAUGGCAUUGUCAUCAAUUAAUGGGCUUCCUUCGCAUUUACAAUCUAAUGCUCCCCUUUUAUAUUUCUGGUAUGCUGAGGCAGAGCUUGCUAAUAGUUCUGGGAAUACUCAAGAAUUAUCACCUCGAGCAUUGUACAUUCUAUCCUGCUUAGGAACUGGAGCAAAGUAUUACCCAUUUGAACACAAACCAUCAAGCCUGCAAUUGCUGAGAGCACACCAAGGGUUUAAAGAAAAAUUGAGAACAGUUCAAUUAGCAUGGGUCUGUGGUGUUGUAGAUGAUCAGUCUGUUGCUCUUAUUUGUUCAGCAGCUUUAUUUGAAGAGUUGACAACUGGGUGGGCUGCGGGCAUUGGAGUGUUAGAAGAAGCAUUGACUAUGGUGCUUCCAGAAAGGAGGCGGCACAGUUACCAACUUGAAUUUUUGUUUAAUUAUUAUAUGAGGAUGCUUUUAAGACAUCAUAAGAGAUCAAGCUCAUCAAGAAUCUGGGAGUCCAUCUCUCAGGGGCUCCAAAUAUAUCCUCAGAGCUGUGAACUCUUCAAAGCCUUAGUGGAGAUCAGCCAUCAUUAUUCAACACCCAAUAAAUUGCGGUGGAUGUUCGACGAUUACUGUUACAGGAAACCUUCUGUCAUUGUUUGGAUCUUUGCAUUGUCAUAUGAGAUGAGCAGAGGGGGCUCCCAUCACAGGAUCCAUGGGUUAUUUGAAAGAGCAUUGGCAAAUGUGAGCUUGCGUAAAUCUGUUGUACUUUGGCGUUCAUACAUUGCUUAUGAGAUUGACAUAUUACACAAUCCUUCUGCUGCUAAGCGAAUUUUCUUCCGGGCUAUUCAUGCCUGUCCAUGGUCCAAAAAACUAUGGCUUGAUGGUUUUUUAAAAUUGAAUUCUGUCCUAUCUGCGAAGGAGUUAUCUGAUCUCCAAGAAGUAAUGCGGGAUAAGGAACUGAAUCUGAGGACGGAUAUUUAUGAGAUUCUCUUACGAGAUGAGCUUUUGUGAUAAUUGCCGUCACAUUUAACACUAUACAAUUUGAUUAUGCUUGUGAAGGCAUCAAUCAGAAUCAGAAUAAUGGAUAUCGCAGUUGGAGAUGUACAAUUGGUUUGAAAUGUCUUUGUUGAGUGGAGGCACUUGCAUGCUAGUAAUGGGAGGUCUUGCUUUGCGUAGCCUUGUCAACUAUGAAGGUCAUUAGCAAUGGUUGAAUCCAUAUGGGAAUUUCGUGGUGCUCCAUCCAGCUAACCUGUAUGGUUCUCGGCUUCUCUGCCCACUAAUUUUCUAUUUUGUCAAGAUAUUUAGUUUUCUAGUGAGGUAACAUGUAAAGAGCUUUUCUGAAAGUCAUACAACUGUUUCAUCAAAAUUUAUAUUGGUGGCUCAGUGUCACAUUUUACAGUGUUAUACAUUUCCACCACUCUUUCAAA